UGCCGGUCUGGUGAGUCAUGGCUCCGCUAUCCUCCGCUCCGUCCCGUUCCGCUCCGGCUCCGCCGCGUCCCGGGCAGGAAACGGCUGGGCAGCCGGCACCGCCCGCUUCCGGAGUGCGGAGCCGCCGCCCGCACCGCCCCGGGGAGGAGCAGCCACCGCGGCGCCGCGGUCGCUCGACGGCGCCCCCUGGCGGCGGCCAGCAGCGGCGCCCGAGGCCGCUCUCGCCAUGUCCGCCGAGUGGCUGCGGCGUUGGCGGCGGAGCGGCCGUGCUGAGCGGCCCGGUGGUGCACAGGGGCCCGGCCCGGGACCGCCGCCCGCAGCCCUUAGCUACCGUCGGCCGAAGUUUCUGCGUGACGGUGGGGAGGAGAGCCCGAAGGGCGGCCGGACCGUGCGGAGCGCCGGGCCCGAGCGGCCCCUGCCCUGGGGCGCGGGCUACGCCGAAGUUAUCAAUGCUGAGAAGUCAGAGUUCAAUGAGGACCAAGCAGCCUGCUGUCAGAUCUCUGUCCGGAGGAGAGAGCCAGGCCUGGAGGAAGAUGAUGAGUGGCUGAUCCUGUGCUCCACACAGUUUCUGACUGGGUACUACUGGGCACUGUUCGAUGGCCACGGCGGCCCAGAAGCUGCCAUCAUUGCCUCCAACUAUUUACACUACUGCAUCAAGCAGAAGCUGGAGGAGGUUGUGGGGGGCAUCACGGAGGGUCGUCCCCCCAUGAAUCUCAGCGGACGCUGCGUUUGCGACAGCGACCCCCAGUUUGUGGAGGAGAAGCACAUCCACGCAGGAGACCUGGUGGUGGGAGCCCUGGAGAAUGCCUUCCAGGAAUGUGAUGAAGUCAUUGGCCAGGAGAUGGAAGCUACAAACCAGUCAGGAGGCUGCACUGCUCUGGCUGCCCUUUAUUUCCAGGGGAAGCUGUAUGUGGCCAAUGCUGGAGACAGCAGAGCAAUUCUUGUUCUGAAGGACAGCGUUGUGCCCAUGAGCAGUGAGUUCACACCUGAGACAGAGAGGCAGCGAAUCCAGCACCUGGCUUUUUUGUUUCCCAAGCUCCUGGACAGUGAGUUCACACGCUUCGAGUUUCCACGGAGGCUGAAGGGAGAUGAUGUGGGCCAGAAAGUCCUGUACCGUGAUUACUUCAUGGAGGGCUGGGGAUACAAGACAGUGGAGAAAGCUGACCUCAAGUACCCUCUUGUCCACGGUCAUGGGAAGCAGGCUCGCUUGCUGGGGACUUUGGCUGUCUCUCGAGGUCUGGGGGAUCAUCAGCUCAAAGUCAUCGACACCAACAUUGAAGUCAAACCUUUCCUCUCCUGCAUCCCCAAGGUGAAUGUAUUUGACUUUGCUCUGCAUGACGUUAAGGAAGAUGAUGUUCUUAUCAUGGCAACUGAUGGCCUUUGGGAUGUUCUGUGCAACAGAGAUGUGGCCCUUACAGUCAGGAGCUUUCUUGCAGAAAACAGGACAGAUCCUCACAGAUUCUUAGAACUGGCCAAGUGCUUGGUAUGCAGAGCAAGGGGAAAGAAGAGAGGCCACCAGUGGAUGCUAGAUGACAGCCACGAGGCAUCCUAUGAUGACAUCUCUGUAUUUGUCAUCCCACUACACAAGAGAGACAAGGAGUGAAUGUUAGCAUGACACACAGGAUCUCUGCAUCCCUCUGCUGUAGUGCUAUGCAGCAUCAGCCUGAGACCAAGGAUUUCUGCUGUGCACACACACUGUCUUCCAGCAAAAGCACCUGCACUGGAACCCCAAAUGCACAGCCACCACCUAUGCAGAAAAUCAACAAGGACAUUAGCUCCUUAAGACAGGAACAGUGGGCAGCAAACAAAUUGUUCUCAUCCUCUUUCCUUCGUGUUGGACCAAGGAGGAAUUGCAAAGGGGCCGUGCAAACUGAAGGGUACUAUUUGUAACACCUUGCGGUACAGCGAGACUCAAAUCCAUGUUUCCAGCAAGCCCUCUCCCUUUUUAAUGCUGAAGAAGGUGGAUCACUUGAGAUCCGAGUAGUCCCAAGAGCUCACUUUUAUCGAGACUUGAACCAAGUCGUGCAAAACUGGAUGCAUAAGCUAGUUUCCCUCAGGUCUGUUUGCUGUAACACGAGAAGUGCUGAAAGCCUGGAGGCUGCUGAGACAGUGCUGGGCAUGGCCAAGUCCACGGAACACAAGCACCCAAGCAGCAGCCCAGAGCUCGAGGAAGCUUUCCAUUGGUAGGCAACACCACCUCAAAUCAGAGGUUAGCAGGUGGAGCUACACAUGGUGCAUGGGAGCCUCCUGUGUAAAGAUAGGUGCCUUACUGGUAUUUAAGUGUUUUUAAGUGUGUUAGUAUGUGAUGCAGCAGACAGAUUUCUAACCAAUCUGAGCCCACACCACCUGCUAACACUUUUCCUGCUCAUUUAGGCCAUUUCUGACAGCAAAGCUGGCUUUGUAGCAGUGGCACUGAUGAGGAAACUGAAGUGUUUUAAGUGCCUCAGCUGAUUUAGCAGAAAAGCUCCAAGUACAGUAAAACCAGUUCGUUUAAAUUUGUCUGCAGUGCUAAUCUCAGGCACUUAUUGCCAGAGUUGUGCCUCAAACUCUUUUUAAGGAUCUGCUUCUCAACCAGCUUACAUUAGCCAGGCAAAUUCUGGUUUGGACAAGGUUCCCAUCUUUCUGUCUGGAAUAAACUCUGGGUUUUGCUAUUCACUACACAAGCUGCAAGGUUCCCUAGGGAAGCAGACAAAUCUCAGCAUGUGUUUUAAGGUCCACUCCACAAUGAUUAAAGUCCAAAUAAAAAUACUUUUAAAUAUA